UUUCCUUCUCUUAAUCCGAGAGCAUCCAUUUUUUAUGUACGCAGGCUGUUCAGUGACGGAGCUCAGACACGAAUCCUGCUAAUUCUUACCGAAAUAAAAACAUUAUUGGAAAACAGUGCGGGGAAAAAAAAACAACAGCGUGCUCGCGUGUGCGCGUGUCUGCAAGAAAAAGCGCGUGAGACCUUAUAAUAAACAGCCCGAGAGAAAGAGAGAGAGGUAAAAAAAAAAAAAAACAGAAAGAAAGAAAAAAACCGUCCUGUCGUUAACACACCACCUUUCUGUCGGAUUUGUGUGUGCACGAGCCAACACUAAAAAGAAAUGUCUGCUCCAGCCCCCGCCGGCGGCCCUGCACCUGAGGGAGGGAAUCAGCCUCCUCCUAACAUGACCAGCAACCGCCGCCUACAGCAGACACAGGCUCAGGUGGACGAGGUGGUGGACAUCAUGCGCGUGAACGUGGACAAAGUUCUGGAGAGGGACCAGAAGCUCUCGGAGCUGGAUGACCGAGCCGACGCGCUGCAGGCUGGAGCCUCUCAGUUCGAGACCAGUGCUGCCAAACUGAAGAAUAAAUACUGGUGGAAGAAUGCCAAGAUGAUGAUAAUCCUGGGGGUGAUAUGUGUGAUCGUUCUCAUCGUUAUCAUCGUCUAUUUCAGCACCUAAAGGACGAGUCUCCUCUCCCACCCUUCGCCCCAUUCACAACUACUCAAUCUCUAUCCAACAAACGAGUGUAAAUCUGUGCCCUCGAUGACUCUCCCUGUACGGACCCCGGUCUCUCUGCGUCCCCACGUCCAGCCUCUGAGCGUGCGUGCGUGCGUGUGUGUGUGUGUGUGUGUGUGUGUGUGUGUGUGUGUGUCCUCUGUAAAUACCUCCCGCUUUUCUGAGAUCUCUGAAAGCAGACGGUAAUCCUGGUAAAUCUCUCGGUGUGUGUACGACUCGUCCUUAUUUGUAGAGUUUUAUUUGUAGACUUCGUGUGUGGGUGUGUGUUUGUAUUAUUAUUAUUAUUUUAUUUUUUUUAUUGUUUCCUUUUUUUUUAUGACUUCGGCUUGAAAAAACUGCCUAUGAAUCUGUGUGUAUAUAUACACCGCACGACAUGUGUCAGUUAUAUACUAUGCUUGUAGUUUACUUCUUUAACCGAUACUCUUCCAGAACCCCCCUCCCCUCCCCCUCACUGCAUCCGUAUUACUUUCUGUUCGACAAAUAGACUUUUGUAAACUGCCACAGAAAUGAUUUGGACCAAUAGUGAUAGAUUUAUAUUUUUAUUAAGUCUGUAGUGUCUUAUCUCUUAAACAUUCCUUUAUCGCAGGGUAGAACGCUGCUGUCUGUAACAACCAAAACACAUACAGGAAUCUUUUACAAACGGUCUGUAAUUGGCAAAAAAACAGCAGACGCACACGACCAACAUGACUAAAGUGGAAUCCGAUUGCACAAGAACCUCGUUUUUGAUGGCGCUUUUAAUCCGAACAAUAAUAAUAAUAAAUUAAAAGUACACCUGAGCUGCUGGCAAAAUUAAAAGCACACUGCUUACUGGGUUUUCAUUAGAAUUUAUGAUUACAUGCAGGAAUAGAAGAUAUUUCUCCUUAUUUGCUGAUGGAAAAGGGACCAGAUCAUCACCUGGACUGUGUGUGUGUGUGUGUGUGUGUGUGUGUGUGUGUGUGUGUGUGUGUGUGUUGAUUUUAGCUGUCUAGUUUAUACACUGCCAAGCACCUGGGGGUAAUUUUUUUUGUGUUUUUUCCACCCCUUUAUGUCCACACUGGUCAUACCGGUUUGCUUUCAUGCGUACAAUGAUAUAAUGCUCCACCCACACACACACACACACACACACACACACACACACACACACACACACACACACACACACACAGGACUCCAGUCACGUAGGACCGAUCUGUCAGCAUGAAAUGAGCCAGUGAUGAUGUGUCGAGUCACACGUGAUCGUUUUUUACCACACACACACACACACACACACACACACACACACACACAAUUGUCCCGUCCAUUUUGUUCAUUCCCCCCUCCCCCUCCCUUUGGCCAUAUGUAUAGUUCACCGUUGGAUUAAAUGACAAGGACUAGGCAGGCGAAAGCUACUGUGGCUUACAGGAAUAAGACUAUGUGUGUGUAUGUGUGUGUGUGUGUGUGUGUGUUGAGGAGGUGCCAUCUUUGACAUUAUUAAUCAUGUUAUUUCUUCAGAUAUAAGGAAGAGUGGCAUAAACAUCCCUGUUCCAAACCUUCAGCCUGUUCUUAGUGUAAUCUCGGUGUAAACUGUGCUGUUCAGUCGUCACACUAACUCACUAAACCCCUCCCAUUCCUGUGUAGUGUAAUAAACAGUGGAGAGAUUAACUGUGCUUACUUUUACUCAUUUUAGUGACUCAGAUGCUAAACAUGAUUGGGUUAACCUUUCUGGUACUAGUAUUAAACCUAUAGCUGUGACCUAAAGAGGUCUGCUGUUAUUCCCGCUGUUUUAAUGAACGUUCACUCAUGAAUCCCAGAGCAGAAACGAUUUAAAGCCACCAAAGACCUCGUCGUCUUUCUAAUUCUGCCAAACUGCCAUCAAAAACGGGUUCAGGGACAAAAACCUUUUCUUUUCACCCCUCACACUCCUCGCUCGGACUCAAUCUGCUGAUCCGUCAGGAUUAGCUGUGGACCUACUUCAAGAAUCGUACAUGAUGAUGAUGAUGAUGGUGAUGAAGGUGUCUGCUAGUCUUUAGCCGAUCAACACUGGAUAGCACAACGCCGACAUUUCUCCUUUCUCUCCUUUGUGAUGCUGAUUUAUUUGUAGCUGUAAAAAAAAAAAAGAAAGAAAAAGAAAGAACUGACUCUGUGGUGUUCAGUGUUGUGCUGUGGGGUGAAUCUGGGGGACGGGGGUCCCAUUUCUUCAGGUACAUCCAAAUACCACAUCUUUAAAAUUAGGCUGAUUUGUUUAGCAUGGGGUAGGGACGCGUACAUGACGGACAAAUCACCAAAAGGAUCUGAAGAGGAAUUAAGUAAAAAAAAAAAAAAAAGGAUGUAUGUGCGAUUGUCUUGAUUUAUGUUCCCUUUGUGAAGGUGUGUGUGUGUGUGUGUGUGUGUGUGUGUGUGGAGGGGGAACAGGCACGGGUAACUUCGUAAGUCUGUUUCAGUUUGUGCAUCUUCUUGUGCGUCACUGGAGAGAAAUUUAAAAAAAAAGUUGUUUUUAAAAAAGGACACAAACUCCACGGGAUUUGGCUGUAACAAUACGUCGUCCCGCACGUGUCGUACUUUUGCUUUAAACUAGUUUUUAUUUUAUAUUAUUAUUAUUUUUUUUUUUUUUAGAUUUUAGUAAAGGCCACUUCAGGGAGCAGUAGGUCAGCGUUGUAGUAGAGAAAAAGGAAUGAUUUCUAUUUAUUUUUCUUUUUAAUCUGAGGUGAAAUAAUCGGACGACGUCAUGACAGAAAGCUGGGAAAUAAAAUUCAGAUUGUGAUGGAGGACGAAACAGAAACGCAUCUGAGAGGCAAUACGUGAAGGUUCUUCAGGUCAUGAUGGAUGUCUCGUAGUAGCGACAGGAUCUUAAAAGACUCGCCGUGAGAUCCGUCAUCGUGCUCGGUGUAACUAACUAACAGCUCAUUACUAUAUUACUGACGUCACACUCCUGUGACCUGACCAAUCACAGGAGGUUCUUGUCUGCCGGGAUGUCUAGAAAUUGUCAAACUUAGCUAAAUAAUAAACAAUCCAGACCACAAUGAUGUCAUUACAAACACGCAAGACAGUCGUUCUGCUGGAAUCGCUACUAUGAGACAGAACCCGAGUCUGGUUUCUGAAACUGUUUAUAUUUCAUUUCUUUAUGUAUUUAAUUCAGAAACGUAGCUUUGUGUCGCCUCUGUUCGUCCGGCCUUUUCGGAGGGACCUGGUGGGACGAACACUGGCAACGCAUCCUACAUAAACACAUUUUAUUUAUUUAUUUAUUUAUUUAUCUAUUUAUUUAUCUAUUUAUUUAUUUCCACUAUCCACCUUCUCGUCUUCACCUUUAAUGUUUCGGAUAUUAAACAAGACAAAGUACAACGUUACCGCAAAAACGUUCGGUAAUCAGAAAACAGGCGUAGAGUAAAUAUGUCAAUGUCUAAUUAUAUCGAUGAACAUCUUGGGAUUAUAUAUAAAUAUAUAAAUAUAUAAAUAUACAUAUAUACUGGGGAAAAUAACGACAUUAUGAUGACCUGUGUUUAUCGUUCCGAGUUAGAAAUUACAAUGUGUGUGUGUUUGAAAACAAUGACAAUGUUCGACAUAAAUUAAAUA